AUGGCAGGGUCAAGUGAUAAUCUUAAGGAUCUGUAUAGUUUAUUUAAUGAUAUCGAUGGCUAUUUUUGGGAGGAUGAUAGUGGUAAAUUAAAAGUUGAUCCAAAAUACGAAUCAAUCCACAAUUAUUGUCAUUACGGGAGUAACUCAGAGGAAAAUAAAUGUAAUGAUUAUCUUCAAUUGGCUACUUGUAGUGUUAUUUAUUUGCUAAAAAAUUUAAAGAACUAUGGUUUAGAAUAUGAUAAAUUUGCCGAAUACGCUAUUUUAUGGUUAAGUUAUAAACUAGAUAUAAAGAUAAAUAAUGAAUUUACCAAUUUAAACGAAUUUUAUACUAAAUAUAUAGAAAAUAAUAACUGUUAUAAUGACAAAAUAAAAGGUGAUGAUGGAAUGACUUAUAAGAAAAUUAUAGAUACAAAUAAAGAUUUGAUGGAUAUGGAUAUUAAAGAAAUAUCUAAAUUUAAUUAUCCAUUUAAUAUAUUAGUUCAUUUGUAUUAUAAAUGUCAUCAUGAAUAUUGGGAUUGCCAAAAAAAUUUGGGAUUUGCUAAAUCUUUUGCUGAAGAAUUUGAAAAACUCAAUGAUGAUCCUAAGAAUACAGAAAACAGUCUAUAUAGUCAAAUAUUGUCUACAUUAUCAGAUGAUUAUAAAAAAUUAAAAAAAAUAUAUUAUGAUAAAAAUCAAUCUUGCAAAUUUCCAGAUCUUCCAAUAUUAAAACACCCAAAAAGUUCUGUAAAAAAUUCUUUAGAAAGUUCUGAAAAUCUUUCUGCAGUAAGUUCUGAAAACCUUUCUGCAGUAAGUUCUGAAAACAUUUCUGCAGUAAAUUCUGAAGCUACAUCAUCAAGCUCGUCUAUAGCAAGCAAAUUAAUUCCAUCCUUAUUGAUAUUCGGAAUACCAGUUUUUUUUGGAAUUUCUUAUAAGACAAUAUAUAAGAAAAAAAUUAAAAAUAAUAAAGAAGAAAAUGAAACUUAA